AUGAGGAAGCAGAGCGUGCGCACGGCGGCACUGGUCCUGUGCAUCCUGUCUUACCUGCUGGUGGGCGCCGCCGUCUUCGACGCGCUCGAGUCCGAGGCGGAGAGCGGCCGCAAGCGCCUGCUGGCCCAGAAGCGGAGCGAGUUCCGCAGGAAGUACGGCUUCUCGGCCGAGGACUUCCGCGAGCUGGAGCGCCUGGCGCUGCAGGCCGAGCCGCACCGCGCCGGGCGCCAGUGGAAGUUCGCCGGCUCCUUCUACUUCGCCAUCACCGUCAUCACCACCAUCGGGUAUGGCCACGCUGCCCCGGGCACCGACUCGGGCAAGGUCUUCUGCAUGUUCUAUGCGCUCCUGGGCAUCCCGCUGACGCUGGUCACCUUCCAGAGCCUGGGCGAGCGGCUGAACGCGCUGGUGCGCCGCCUCCUGCUGGCUGCCAAGCGCUGCCUGGGCCUGCGGCGGCCGCGCGUGUCCACCGAGAACAUGGUGGUGGCCGGGCUGCUCGUGUGCGCGGCCACGCUGGCCCUCGGCGCGGCGACCUUCGCGCACUUCGAGGGCUGGACCUUCUUCCACGCCUACUAUUACUGCUUCAUCACCCUCACCACCAUCGGCUUCGGCGACUUCGUGGCGCUGCAGAGCGACGAGGCGCUGCAAAGGAAGCCGCCCUAUGUGGCCUUCAGCUUCCUCUACAUCCUUCUGGGACUCACGGUCAUCGGCGCAUUCCUCAACCUGGUGGUCCUGCGCUUCCUCGCGGCCAGCACGGAUGCGCCCGAGCGCACUGCCCACCGCGCCAGCCCGCUCCGCCUGGGGGCGCCCGAGAGCCGCGCCCCCUCGCUGGCCGGCCACCCAGCCCGGCGCGCGGGCCCCACCUCCAUCUCCCAUCGCAUCCACCAGCUGGAGAUGUGGGCCCGCGACAAUCUGGGUUUCUCGCCCCCCACGAGUCCCAGAGCCGUGGGCGGCAGGCUUGGCAGGCCCCUGACCAGGAGGAAGUCCAUAUGACAGGGCCACCUCGGUCAGGGGUCCAACUUGGAACGGCAG